GCCGCCGCCGCACGGUGAGUGCCAGCCGGACCCUCGGGGCCCGCGCUCCGUGCGUGAUGGACCCGGCCGAUCCCUCGCCCCGUCCGACUGGUCCUCAUCAGACCUGGGCCGGCUCCCAGGACCCGGGAGUCAGGCUCGCCCGCUUCGGCCUCCUCUCCUCCAUCGCUCCGCGCCCCGCGCCCCAUCCCUCCCUCGCUGUCCCCUCCGCGUCCCACCCGCCUCUCUCUAGCUCUCUCACUCUCUACUUUCCUCUCCCCUCGGACUCUCCGUGUAUUCCCUCCCGCUAGCCUGUGGUCCCCUCACCUCUGCGUGACCGCCUCGUCCUGGCCCAGUCUUGCCUGUGGUCCCCAGUGGAGCCCCGCUGGCUUCAUCAGUGCCCCUGAUUAGUUAAGGCCUGGAGGUCCUAGACAUGGGCAUCUCUGCCACCACCCAGAGGCAGCUGCUUUCUUCCCCUCCCAUCUCCAUCAGAAGUACGUGGCAUGCCUGGAUGUCCCUGCCCUGGCUGUGGCAUGGCGGGCCCAAGGCUCCUCUUCCUCACUGCCCUUGCCCUGGAGCUCUUGGGAAGGGCUGGGGGUUCCCAGCCGGCCCUCCGGAGCCGGGGGACUGCGACGGCCUGUCGCCUGGACAACAAGGAAAGCGAGUCCUGGGGGGCUCUGCUGAGCGGAGAGCGGCUGGACACCUGGAUCUGCUCCCUCCUGGGUUCCCUCGUGGUGGGGCUCAGUGGGGUCUUCCCGUUGCUCGUCAUUCCCCUAGAGAUGGGGACCAUGCUGCGCUCAGAAGCUGGGGCCUGGCGCCUGAAGCAGCUGCUCAGCUUCGCCCUGGGGGGACUCUUGGGCAAUGUGUUUCUGCAUCUGCUGCCUGAAGCCUGGGCCUACACGUGCAGCGCCAGCCCUGGUGGUGAGGGGCAGAGCCUGCAGCAGCAGCAACAGCUGGGGCUGUGGGUCAUUGCUGGCAUCCUGACCUUCCUGGCGUUGGAGAAGAUGUUCCUGGACAGCAAGGAGGAGGGGACCAGCCAGGCCCCCAACAAAGACCCCACUGCUGCUGCCGCCGCGCUCAAUGGAGGCCACUGUCUGGCCCAGCCGGCCGCAGAGCCCGGCCUCGGUGCCGUGGUCCGGAGCAUCAAAGUCAGCGGCUACCUCAACCUGCUGGCCAACACCAUCGACAACUUCACCCACGGGCUGGCUGUGGCUGCCAGCUUCCUUGUGAGCAAGAAGAUCGGGCUCCUGACAACCAUGGCCAUCCUCCUGCAUGAGAUCCCCCAUGAGGUGGGCGACUUUGCCAUCCUGCUCCGGGCCGGCUUUGACCGAUGGAGUGCAGCCAAGCUGCAACUCUCAACAGCGCUGGGGGGCCUACUGGGCGCCGGCUUCGCCAUCUGUACCCAGUCCCCCAAGGGAGUAGAGGAGACGGCAGCCUGGGUCCUGCCCUUCACCUCUGGCGGCUUUCUCUACAUCGCCUUGGUGAACGUGCUCCCUGACCUCUUGGAAGAAGAGGACCCGUGGCGCUCCCUGCAGCAGCUGCUUCUGCUCUGUGCGGGCAUCGUGGUAAUGGUGCUGUUCUCGCUCUUCGUGGAUUAACUUUCCCUGAUGCCGACGCCCCUGCCCCCUGCAGCAAUAAGAUGCUCGGAUUCACUCUGUGACCGCAUAUGUGAGAGGCAGAGAGGGCGAGUGCCUGCGAGAGAGAAUGAGCCUCCCGCCAGACAGGAGGGAGGUGCGUGUGGAUGUAUGUGGUGUGCACAUGUGGCCAGAGGCGUGUGUGCGAGACCGACACUGUGAUCCCUGUGCUGGGUCCGGGGCCCAGUGUAGCGCCUGUCCCCAGCCAUGCUGUGGUUACCUCUCCUUGCCGCCCUGUCACCUUCACCUCCCGGAGUAAGCAGCAAGGAACAGCAGCACUGGUCCCAAGCAGAGGCCUUGCCCUGCUGGGACCCCGGGAGUGAGAGCAGCCCAAGGAUCCCAGGGUGCAGGGAACUCCAGAGCUGCCCACCUCCCACUGCCCCCUCUGCACACACAGCCAGUCCCCAGGCGGCCUAGGGGCCAAGGCUGGGGCGGCUUUGGUCCCUUUUCCUGGUCCUUCCUUCCCCACUUCUAAGCCAAAGAAAGGAGAGGCAGGUGCUCCUGUACCCCAGCCCCACUCAGCACUGACAGUCCCCAGCUCCUAGUAGUGAGUUGGGAGGCGCUUCCUAAGACCCUUUCCUCAGGGCUGCCCUGGGAGCUCAUUCCUGGCCAACACGCCCUGGCAGCACCAGCAGCUCUUGCCACCUCCAGCUGCCAAACAGCAGCCUGCUGGGCAGGGAGCAGCCCCAGGCCAGAGAGGCCUCCUGGUCCAGCUCAGGGAUGCUCCUGCCAGCACAGGGGCCAGGGACUCCUGGAGCAGGCACAUAGUGAGCCCGGGCAGCCCUCCCCAGCUUAGGCCCCUUUCCUUCCCCAUUGAGGUUGGGGUAGGUGGGGGCGGUGAGGGCUCCACGUUGUCAGCGCUCAGGAAUGUGCUCCGGCAGAGUGCUGAAGCCAUAAUCCCCAACCAUUUCCCUUGGCUGACGCCCAGGUACUCAGCUGGCCCACUCCACAGCCAGGCCUGGCCCUGCCUUUGACCGUGGAUGUUUUCAGAAGUGGCCAUCGAGAGGUCUGGAUGGUUUUAUAGCAACUUUGCUGUGAUUCCGUUUGUAUCUGUAAAUAUUUGUUCUAUAGAUAAGAUACAAAUAAAUAUUAUCCACAUA